CUACGCAUCAUUCAUUACCGUUAGAUGAGAGAAACCCAGAGGAUCGCACCAGUCGUCAUGUCCAGAUCAAACCACCCGUGUACAGUUGCAGUCCUCGUUCUGUUCUUCUCGGGACCCUGUCUAGCAAGCCACAAACUCCUGGUGUUCCUGAUAGACGGAUUCCGUUAUGACUACAUGGACAACCUGCACAAUUUGCCGGGAUUCCGAGAGAUAGUGGAGAACGGGGUGAAGGUGGAUUACAUGACCCCGGACUUUCCCAGUUUAUCGUACCCCAACUACUAUACUCUGAUGACAGGGCGGUACUGUGAGGCGCACCAGAUGACCGGUAACUACAUGUGGGACCAGGCGUCGCAGAAGGAGUUCCUGAUCGGCACCAACCCAGACAGCCGGCUGCCCUUGUGGUGGGACGGGACCGAGCCCCUCUGGGUCACCAUCGAGAAGCUACGCAAGAGGGCCUACAUGUACUUCUGGCCUGGUUGUGAGGUGGAGAUUCUCGGGGUGCGGUCGUCACACUGUGAGGAGUACGUCUACAACCCUUCCGAGAAGAACCUGACGGACUCCAUGGAGAACAGCCUUAAUGCUCUACAAAGAGGGCAGGCAGACAUGGCCGCCAUUUACUAUGAGAAGAUUGACGUGGAGGGGCAUCACUACGGGCCGACUUCGAACGAGGUGAAGACAGCUGUUGAGAGACUGGACUCAGCCUUCCAGAUUCUCAACCAGAAGAUAAAGGAGAAGAACAUGCGUGACGUCCUGAACGUGGUCAUGUUCUCGGACCACGGUAUGACAGACAUCAAGUGGAUGGAGAAGGUGAUCGAGUUGGACCGCUACAUCAACAUGACAGAUGUGGUCAAGAUGAUGGAUCGUGGCCCUGUGGUCAGCCUAUGGCCCAAACCCAGCCACUUUGAUAUGAUUUACCGCGCUUUGAGGGGAGUAGCCAACAUGAAGGUGUACCAGAAGGAGGAGAUUCCAGAUCGGUUUCACUACCGCUCAGGAAAGUUUGUCUCCACUCUGACUCUGGUGGCUGAUCCAGGGUGGUUCAUCACUGAGAAUAAGGCCAAACUUCCUUUCUGGCAAAACAGCACUUCUGGGGAGGCAGAGGGCUGGCAGCAUGGUUGGCAUGGUUACGACAAUGAGUUUGUGGAUAUGAGGGGCUUCUUUCUGGCACAAGGGCCAGAUUUCAAACGGAACGUGCAAGCAGCCCCCAUUAGAGCGGUGGAUGUGUACCAGCUGCUGUGUCGGACCCUGGGCAUCCCGCCUCAGCCCAACAACGGGUCCUGGUACCGGGUGGAGUACCUUCUGAGCGGGGCUGCCAGAAGCACAAGCCCCUGGAGGUGGGCGCUGCUCCUCCUGGGCCUUCUGCUGUUCACACAGGGCUAGAGUCUAGAACCCCCGUGGCUUGGACCCCGGUUGAAACCACAGGCUUGGACUUGCUUUCUCUUCAAGCUCCAUCGAUUCCUUUAUUUAUUGUGUUGAAUCCUCGCUCUCUGCACCAGCCCGAUAAGGCCUUUCUCCUCUGUAGAUAGUGUGCCUCACCUGGAUGUUUGGAUCGACAUAAGAACUUUCUAGUGAUGAUGAUGUUGGCCUCUCGGCUUUGACCUCCUCUUCUGCCUCCUCUUCUGUGAUGAUGCCGAUACAAUGAAAUGUACGUUUGUUUUGUACUCGAUCAUCAUGGCAUUUUGACUUGGAUAAAGACAUGCUGUCUGUGAAGUUUGUACUCAUUUGAUUUGUCAAUAAAAUGUUUUCAAAUCUGAA